AUGUUGUUUCGUUCUAUUUUCCUCAUUUAUUUUUCUCUGCUUUACCGUCUUUCUAUUUUUCCUAUUUUUCUUUUUACUUUUCUUUCCAUUUUUCUUUCUUUCGUAUAUUGUACCUUUCAAUAUUUCCUUCUUUUUAUUUAUUUUUAUUUCUUUAUUUUUAUUUUUUUUAUUUUUCUUGCUUCUCUUUCGAAAGUUGUUUUUUAUUUAUUUUUCAUUCUUCCGUUUUCUCUACGUUUCCUUCUUUCUCUCUAUUUUCCUGUUCCUCUAUUUUUCUUUCUUUCUAUUUUUCUUUGUUUUUCUCUUUUUUUGUUUAUUUUUAUUUUUACUUUCAUUUUCUUCUUUUUUUCUUUCUAUUUUCCAUUCUUUUCUUAUUUUUUCUUUAUUCCUUUCUUUCUAUUUUUCUUUUUUAUUUUCUAUUUUUCCUUUUUUCUUUUUUAUUUUCUUUCUAUUUUUCGUUUUCUCUUUUUUCUUUCUUUUACUCUUUCUUUCCAUUUUAUUUUUAUUUUCCUUUCUUUUUCUCUUUCUUUCUAUUUUCUUUUCUUUUUCUCUUUUUUCUUUCCUUCCAUUUUUCUUUGUUCAGUUUUUCUUGAAUUUUGUUUUUCUUUUUGUAUUUUCUCUUAUUCUUUUUUGCCUUCAUAUUUUUCACUAUUUUUCUUCCUUUCGAAAAUUCUUUUUUUAUUUUUAUUCUUUCUUUUUCUCUAUUUUUCUUUCUUUCAAUUUUUCUUUCGUUUUAUUUUUCUUUGUUUUGAAUUUUCUUUUCUUCUUUUCUGGCUUCAUACUUUUCACUAUAUUUUAUUCUUUUUUUUUAUUUUUCUUUCUUUCAUUUUCUAUUUGUUUUUAUUUCAUUCGAAGUUUCUUUUAUUUUUUGCCUUCCUUUGUUUUUUUUCUUUCUAUUUUCCUUCUUUUUCUCUAUUUUCCCUUCUUUCUAUUUUUUCUUUCUGUCAAUGUUUUUUUGUAUUUUCUAUUUUUUUCUUUCUUUCAAAUUUUCUUUCAUUAUUUUUGUCUUCAUUCUUUGUCCAUAUUUUUCUUUCGUUCUUUCUUUCGACUUUUCUAAUUCUCCUUCUUUCUUUCUAUUUUUCACUUUUUUCUCCAUUUUUCUUUCUUCUUAUGCACCAAUAUAUAUAUAUAUAUAUAUUGACAGUAACCUUUUCCCUAAAUCGCAUUUUUUUUGUUUUUUCCACUCCCUUCUUCUUCUUCUUCUUUUUCUUCUUCUUCUUUCUCAAGCGUCCAUUUGACGCUUUCCCCGUCGUUUUCUUCAUUCUUUAUUCUUGA